AUAGAUGCGCUCCGGAGGCGGAAGGGCGGAGCGAGGAUGGUAGGAAGGAACGGACGUGUCCUUCCGUCACGGGAAUCGCCAGCACAGCCAUGGAGCUUGAGACAAUGAGCAGAUACACUAGUCCGGUGAAUCCGGCUGUGUUUCCACAUCUCACUGUGGUGCUCCUGGCCAUUGGCAUGUUCUUCACAGCUUGGUUCUUUGUCUAUGAAGUGACAUCCACCAAGUACACCCGGGAUAUUUACAAAGAACUGCUCAUCUCUCUAGUAGCAUCACUCUUCAUGGGCUUUGGAGUACUCUUCUUAUUGCUGUGGGUUGGAAUCUAUGUGUGACAGUAAGCUAGGAAUUAUUUCAGGUUCCAGAAGCCUUCCUGCACCUCCUUUUUACUUUUUUAUUGAACAGUGUGGCUUAUCACGGUUUUGGACUAUAAUUCUAACAUGUGAGAAUUCUAAUGUCAGACCAAUAAAGCUGAAUCUGAUAAGCUCAAUGUUGUGUUAUACUCUGAGGUAUUGUUUUCUGCUAUCCAUGUAGCUCCAUUUAUUUGCCACUGGCUUGUCAACCAUUCUUGGCCUUUGGUUUGUAUAUACUCUCUGCAGGAGAAAAAGAUGCAGCUUGCUAGAAGUGGAGUGGUGUGUAGUCAAGGGGUGUGCUGUUGAAAUCAGACUUCAAUACAAAAUGCUGAGUAUGAGAAACUGAGAUGAUCAUUUCACUAUUUGUUGAGGCUUUUCUUACUCAUUGUAUAUAUUUUAGAUAUAUGAAAUAAAACAUGUAAUAUUUAGAGCAA